AUGUACUGCAACUACCUUGGAAACUACUAUGGUAGCUACGGCUGUGGCCUUGGCUAUGGCUGUGGCCUUGGCUAUGGCUCCCGCUAUGGCUGUGGCUAUGGUUCCGGAUAUGGCUGUGGCUAUGGCUCCCUCUAUGGCUGUGGCUACGGUUCUGGAUAUGGCUGUGGCUACGGCUCCCGCUAUGGCUGUGGAUACGGUUCCGGAUAUGGCUGUGGCUAUGGUUCCGGAUAUGGCUGUGGCUACGGCUCCAGAUAUGGCUGUGGCUAUGGCUCUGGUUAUGGCUGUGGCUAUGGCUCUUCCUUCUGUGGUUACCGGCCUUUUGUCUACAGAAGUUGCUAUUCUUCUUGCUGCUAA